AUGGCUCAACUAACAAGUUUGCAGACGUUAUCCAAGAUGAUUGUGAGAAAAAGCUGUAGGAUGAGGUUAAAGGACUUGGGGAAUCUAUCACGUCCACAAGAUGAAAUUUGUAUUCUGAACUUGCAAAAUGUGGUAAAUGUUCAGGAAGCAAUUGAUGCGAGGCUAAUGUAUAAUCUACGCCUUACUAAAGCAAGCCCAAUUAUAACUUAUCAAGUCUUGAAAUUGAGUUCUGUGGAGGUUCGAACUUCUCUAAUUGGAUCGGAGAUUCAUCAUUCGGUCAAGUUUCCGAUUCUCUCGCUGCCAUCCCUUUGUGAACUAGAAGCAGAAGUGUGCAAUGAGGUGGUGCUAAGUCAUAUGCGCAAUUUGGAAUCUUUAACCCUAUUAAAAUUGAAGAAAAAUUUUGGAUUGACUUCAGUUUCAAAAGCAUUUAUGCCAUUUCCUUAUGCACUUGAAAAGUUGGAAGUUCGUAACUGUAGCGGGCUUGAGACUCUAUGGCCAAGUGACAGUAUUGCUCAAAGCCUAGUCAACCUACGACGGUUGUCUGUUCGGAAUUGUCCUAAGCUCUUGUCCCUUAGAGACAUUGAUACUCUUCCAGUUCUUAGAAACCUUGAGAUAUGGGAUUGUGGAUCUCUAGAGUUUGUUCCUGAUAGCACAUCUUGUCUAAAACGUUUAGAAAUCGGGGAUUGUCCCUCAUUGAAGACCAUGAUGAAGCUACAGUCUCUGUUGUCUGGAAAUAGACUCCUGCGAUGGUCUGGAGUUGUUUCCCCUGAAGGCUUGCCCGCUCCCAAUUUGAAAUAUCUUGAUAUAAUUGGUUGUCAACAUUUGAAGUCCUUACCCGAUCGGAUGGAUCUACUUUCAUCCCUUGAAUAUCUGUUCGUGCAAUUUUGUCCUUUAUUAGUAGAGCCCUUUCCCCAAGGGAAAUUUCAUCCAAAUCUGAGGGGUCUUUCAAUCUAUGAUUGUGGGAAACUAAAUCCCCUGGGGGAGUGUGGCUUACACAAAAUCACCUCUCUUGAAGCAUUCAGCUUGGGUGCUGAUUAUCCGGAGCUGGUUUCCUUCUCUAACGACGAUGAUGAUGAAGAUGAUAACCACUAUUUGCUUCCUCCAUCUAUAAUGAGUUUGAGAUUGUGUGACUUGCUCAAUCUAGAAAUCUUUUCUUCAUCAGAAGCUCCCUGCUCGUCUGGAAGCGAAGACUUGCUGUUUCUGCUGAAAAGAGAGGCAAAACUCAUCACUGUCUUAAUCAUUAUUCUGUUCAUUGGGACUUCUUCAAGGUCCCUUUUUAGGGCAACUGAGUUGUGGAAAGAAGAGACUAUUUUGAAGAAAGCCAUGACAGAGGGACAACAAACUUUUGUUAACUUUAAUGGGGAAAUUCUAAUUGAUGUGGAGUAUGAACCAUUGGUCCCGAAAGAGGAGAAAAGUGCAAAUUAUGAGGGACAACCUUAA